AUGUCUGGCUGUGGGGCUUUGGUGGAAGAGGGUGGAAAUUGGGUUGGAAUCUCUCCAGGCUCGAGUUCAGCAAGCAUAUUCGUCGAAUUGACUGAAAUGGGGAGCAAUCAUAUUAAAGAUCACAAAGCGAAAGCGAGGGUGCCGAGCGAAACGGCCCGACUCAUGGCGCAUCAGGUGCUGCGCCCACUCUUUGAAUUUGACAGUACGGAUUCUCGACGAUAUAAUCUCCGCCCUACCAUAUGGGAAAAGGGUCAGGAACGCGAGCGAUAG